UAUAUCUACGACAGGGACAACAGUUACAGAGUACAUUCUUUUAUGACGUAGAAUAAGAAUAUUUGACAUAAUUUUUUGAUUUACUCUUAUACUGUGAUUUGUCAAAAAAGUGGUAUUUUGUCGUCAUCAUUUUUUGUUUUGUUAAUAUUUAGAGAAUGUUUCUUUCCUAAAUAUGGAUCGAACUAUAGAUUCUAAGUUAGAGAAACAAUCAAUCUAUGAGAUAUAUCGAGGAUGUCGGCUGUGCGGUGCUGGUGCUGGCUACAAAAUGCCCAUAAUACAGACUGUUGUCGAUUUGGACGGGAACGGUAUGGAAUUGAGACAAAAAAUACAAGAAUGUGUACAAAUCGAGAUAAACCCAGAUGACAAAAUGCCCCCUCUAAUAUGCGAGCUAUGCGUGGACAAAGUGAACGACUUUUAUGACUUCAUGGAGAUGUGCAAACAGACCAACAAACGCACGAGGCUGCGGCUGGGGCUCCCAGUUCAGGUGCCUGCUAAAAAUAAAGCUGUGGAAAACACCAGAGAGUCCCGGGCAACGCAGACCACAGCCAGUAGACCGACUAGGAACUCCAAGCUUCCAUCGCCGAGCCCACCUCGGUGCCGGAGCAGCAGAGAGGAGAAUAUAACCUUAAGUAGUUUAAAAACAGAAAACAAGAGAGAUCCCGGGUCAGGCCAAGCCGCGGUCGGCAGAAUAACCAGGAACUCCAAACUUCCAUCACCAAGUCCACCUCGGAGCAGGAACUGCAGGGAGGAGAAUAUGACCUUGAGUAGUUUAAAGCAACAAGUACAAAAAGACAACAAAUCUAAAGAUAAACAGUGUAAAGAUACAAAAGACGUACCAAAGUCUAUACUGAAGAGGAGAGAUACAGUGAUGGCAGAUGGAGACAGUUUGCUGAUGCCGCGCAACAAGCGAAGCCGCGAGGUGGAGCUACUCAAGUUGGACACACCAGUGAAAAAAGUCAAGUUAUCCCUUCCCCCCGCGACAGGAUAUCGGCGGCGAGUGCGGGCGCACGGCUGCUGCGUGUGCGGCCAUUCCGUACGCACCCCGCAGGCGCUCGUCAGCCACCAGCGCACACACGCAGCCACCUACACAGACCACAGACUAGCGUGCAACCCUUGCUGCGCGUGGUUCUCCAACGCCGAAGAGGUGAGAGUCCACCAGAAGCGGCACGCCAGCGGCCUCCGGUACAACUGCCACCGCUGCUCAUCCAAAUAUAAAACCCUCAACGGUUACAACGAACACUUGGAGUACAAGAAGUGUCACCAAUUGGCCGAGGUGGCGGAUGUCAAGUGUGAGCGGUGCGGCCAGGCGUACCCCACCGACAACCUGCUGCGCCAGCACCGCUGCCACGGCGGCAGCAACCGGGCCACUACGUGUACGAGAUGCGGGCGAGUGUACGCAUCCCCUAAAACGCUGAGAUACCACAUGACGACCUGCAGCGCUAAGAAGAAAGAUGAGGUGAAAGUUGACCCCGAAGUCCAGAAACGCCUGUUACCCGUGCAAGUGAGGGUGGCGCGGUGUGACCCGCUGCUGGACAAGUCCAAGGGCGACUAUUACGACGUAUCGAGUAUUGCCACGGACUACGGCUUCGACACAACCUGUGUUUAUCCAUACAAAUGUCCACGUAUCAAGACUGAACCUCUCAGCUUGGACCGCAUGGUUUCCAUCGAGGAGGAAGUAAAAGAAGAACUCUGUUCAGAGGAGUACAUACAUUGGGACUCUGAUUCAUCAGACAGUGACUGUGGUAGUACAUUAGUGAACAACCCGAUGAAGAAUCAGGUGGAUACGUUAUCGACUUUAUCAAUUAAGACAAUCUUUUCGUUGAAGUUCCUCGGUAAAGUGCCACGGAAACGAAGAAAGGUUAAAACAGUUAAGUGCAUCGAUGAAGAUGAUUUUAACAAUGUAAUUAAAGGUGAUACUGGUGGAUAUGAUAGUGAUAAUAGUGUUGACAGUGUUAGUAUCAUGGAUUCAUUACUGAAUGAUAGUAGGAACAAAGGUGAUAGUGUAAAUUGGAUUAAUGAUAAUGAUAGAGUAUUUAGUAAUAAUACAUUACAUAAUAAUGAUGUAUGUAUGAAGAGCGCGUCAGAAAACGAGUUACCAAAUGCCAGUUCUGAUAAUAAUGAUGCAGAAGUUAAUAAAUUAGAAGAAAGUCUUGAUGUCUCUAUGAAAAGGGACACAGAAAAUAAUAGAUGUGAUAAUGAUGUGCCAGCUGUUAAUGAUUCAUUAGAUUGUGGUGGAUCAGUUAAUAAAAAUAACAUUGAUGAUGGAACAGUAAUUACAAAUUCAUUACCACAAAGUAAUGACGUCAGUAUAAAUGAGGCUACAUGUGAUUUUGAAGGAAAUAAAGAUGACCAACAGCAGUCAAAUGAAUGCAGUAAUAGCAAUAAUAAAAUUAUAGUUCCAAUUGUCUCAGAAGCAGAACCUCAUAAUGAAUUUAAUGUAAGUAUUUUAGAGGAUAAAAAUAAUACAAAUAAAGAAAAUGUAAAUACAGAAACUGACACGAAAACUGUUUAUGUAAAUAACCAAAAUAGUGGAGAUACCAGUAUUAUAAAUAAUGCAAAAGAAACAAAUCAUUGUAAUGAUAGUAUUAAUUUAAGCGAUGAUAAAAAUUAUACAAGUGAUUAUAUAAUCAACAAUAAAAGCCUAAACAAUGAUGUUACAUAUACUACAAAUGAAUGUAUAGAAAAAGCUGUAAAUAAUUUCACUCAUACCAAUGGUGUAGCACAUAAUGAUUAUGGUAAUACUAAUAGAGAAAUACAUAAUGGCGAAGACAAACCAAUAGAUACAGAUAAUUCAAAAGAGAAUGACUCCGAAUUAGAAGAUAAGAAAUUAAUGGACGAUAUAGACCAGCAAAUAGGCGAGAGUUGUGAUGAUAAUCACAAAAACAAUGAUAUAACCGAAAAUAAUGAUAAAGUAUCUGCAAAUAAUGAAGACACGAUUGAAAAUGGUGAUGCUAUCGAAGAAAACAAUGUAGAACGUGAUGGAAAUACAACAAUGGAAUGGCAAGAGGACAGAGAAAAAGUUAAUGACAAAAACAAAAACAAUUUAGAGGAUCUGUUGCCUAAAGAUAUUGGUAAAGCAAUGGAUUUAGACAGACCUAAUAUAGAAAUAGCUAAUGGUGAAUCAGAUAAACAAAUGCAUGUAGAUAAUUCCAAAGAUGUCAGUGACACAGAAAUGGAGGAUAAAAAAUUAAUGGAGGCCUUGGAUAAGCAAAUAGGUGAGUUUGAUGACGUUAAUGAAAGACAAUCAAAUGAAAACAAUAAAGUUGAUGGUAAUAAUGAUUACGCUUCUGCAAAUAAUGAAAAUGUCCUCGAAAAUAAUAGAAAUACAGAAGAGAAUGCGCUAGAAGAUGAGAAGAAUAAAGAUAAAAUAACAUUAGAAGAUCUUUUACCGAAAGAAGAUUUGAGAUCGUUGAAAUCAUUGGACUUGGACAGUAUAAGUGAUGACGAUUUUGAUUUUGAUGCAUAACAUCUAUUUAUUAUGUUUGUUUCAUACACAAUAGUGACUUACAUACUGUAUUAGCUUAGAAUAUUUCAAAAAUAAUAUGUGAAAUAUCAUUUGUAAUCCGAAAUCAUAGUUCAAAUCUGCUACUUCUAUGGAAUACUGCUACAAAUAGCGAUAAGUGAAAAAACACAGUAAAUGCUGUGUUCAGUUUCAUUCAUGAGUUAAUGGUGCUUGGUUAAUAGUGAAAUUAAAUUUUCAUUGAAUGUUCAGGACUGUUUGAGAGAGCUAUAAAGAGUGAUAAUAAUAAUAUAUUUAUUUAUGUCUCCUCACAAACAACUUAAAUGUACACAUAGGUAUUUAGGAUAUAAUAUGGAACUCUGCUGUGAGGAGCUGGUGUCUGUAAUAGGUUAAGACCUGUAGUACAGAUCACCAGGCCCCCAACCGAUAUGUGUUUAAAUAAUAAUUAAUUGAUUGAUUGAAUCAAUUAAAUAAAUCAAAUAAUUAAUAAAAUCAAUCUUUGCAUGCUGACUACAAAAACAAUAAUACAUACUUUACUUCAAUAGCAAGUAAUAGCAUAUGUGAUAUUAUUUCACCGUUAAUGAAAAUCACAGUCUGUGAUUUUUAUAAUUAAAAUCACCAUUGUUAAUUAAAAAUAAUAUCUCUAAAUAAUUGUAACUUGAAAAUAGCAAUAUUCCCAUGCCAAGUGGAUUGUAAAAUAUAUAUUUUUAUGUGCCGUGUGUACAGUUAGAAGGCAUGUGUAAUGUAGUUUUUUUUUUUUUAUAUUGUUACAUAAACUUUAUAUCAUUGUUACUUUGUGUACAGAUAGAAAAAAAGGUAGUUUUUUUUUUUUUAAUAAACUGAUAGUUAUUAUGUACUUAUUACAUGGAUGGUCACUUGACUAUGUCCUGUUAGAAAAAAAAUAUAUACACAUAACCAUAAUUCCUAAUGGGGUAGACAGAUUUUAUUGUUAUUUCUUUUUUGAACAAAGUUCACUUCUACCCUCUUAAGGAGAGGAGAUGACAAACUAGUAUAGAUAACCCCCCAGUAGAAACACAGUCGGCCGAGGCUCAGGGCUCCAGGGAGAGAAACGGGCAUACUAUGCGGGCAAUGUCCAAGAGCAUUGUUUCCUGCAUCUUUCCCGGAAUUAUUAUUGUAUCAGAUAUUAAGUGUCCACUCCUGGACAUAGUUUUUCCCCUUGGAGGGCUUGCUAAUAGUUGCCAAGCUUGGCAGGCGGAUUGCCAACUGCAGUUUUUUUUUGAUAGGUGAUAAUGAAAUAGUAACCCCACCCGCGCUAUCAGUAUACGCUGGCGGGGUACCAGUGAAGGAUGAUAGGUGAGGAUGAUGAAACAGGUCAGUUAGCCCAUCGUGACGAGUUCAACGAGAAUUGUUCACGAUAGUUUCCAGGGGGAACCACGUGGAGGUUGACCUGAUAGGGCAUAUUGCUAGCAAUGGGGCUGUCGCACUCCAUUGCUAACAAUCCCUUCCCCCCCCUGCCAACUACAGUUAGGUUUUAAAAGGAACGCUGUUGCCCACCCUUAGUUGCCUCUUACGACACCCACGGGAGAGGAAGGGGUAUUUAUUUUUUGUUGUACAAAAAAGGUAUAAUAGAAUAGUGACUUAACUGCAAUAUGAAUAUCACAUUUUAAUAAUAUAUUUAUUAUAUAUUUUUAUAGUAUUUAUAUGCCUUAUAAUUUGGUAUUGAAGUAAUAUCAAACUAUGUAAAUAUUUCUCUCUAUUUUAUAUUUAAUGGUUUAUUUUGGUUCCAUAUUUUCAAAGGAAAAAACAGAACUCUUAUAAGAUCAUUUCGUUGUCUGUCCGUCCGUCCGUUCGUCUGUCUGUUAAGAGCCUUUUUUCUUAAGAACGCGUGGCGGUGUCAAGUUGAAAUUAAUAUCAUAUACUCAGGUCUGCGGUCUCUUAAAGCAGUGAAAAAUUAAAGCUUCUAUAUCGACGCAAUCAAACGAUACGGCCGUUUAUGUUCCGUUUAUAUCGCAUAUUUUGACAUUCGCAAAGGAAGUAAUAACCUAUAGGGUACUUUCCGUUGUCCUGGAAUCAUGAAAUGUGGCAAGAAGCAAUGCCGUGUAGCACAAGUAAAAGAAAAAAUUUGUAAAACCAUAAAUUUGAAGUUAUUUAAAAAAAAUUAAACUAUGAUUUUGUACGGAACCCUCGUUGCGCGAGUUCCACUCGCACUUGACGUGCUUUUUUUUUACAAUUUUACAAAAUCGUAGAGUGCUCUUAGCUAAAUCGUAUUAAUUUUUCUUUUUUUGUUUUCACGUUAUGCUAUACCCACUCGCCAGUUGUAAAGUAAUUUUUUAUUAUCAAGUAAUAAAUUUCUAUUGUAUUUUGUCUUUUUAGUAAACUCUUGUCACGCAAAUUUUUCAUCACACAACGCCAUCUAGCGGUGAUAAUUGUAACUACAAUUAUUAAAUUCGGCGCCAAAGACUGAUGGUCUGUUAAGUGGAAGACUAGUAACGAAAAUAAUAUAAAUAUGCAAUCAUAAUAGAAUGGUUUGUAUAACCCGCCGAGUUUAAAUGGCUUCUGACGCUCUAGAUGUAAUGUUGAGGUGGUUGGUCACUAAACAAAAUUAGACAAGAUAUACUAGAUGGCGCUAGAAUCGAGACUAGUUUUCGUUAUUUUGUAAUUAAAGAUAAUUUAACUGAAAAUUUAUAAACUGCCUACAAUGCUUAACAGGAAAUACAACCCUGCUCACGAUCAAAUGCUUUCUUAAAAUUACAAGUUACGUUUUUUUUUUUUCAUAUUUUUUAUAAUAUUUCUAUAUCAAUAUAGAAUGAUAAUAUUUAUCCUACCUCCCGUUUCGUUCAUGAUAAGCAUAGUAUAUUUAUUGUUUUUUAUCUGUAUAAGUUUUGUACUAAUUUGAAUAAGACCGAAAAAAAAAAUAUAGUACUUAUACUACUUAUAUUUAAUUUUUUUAUUAUUGGCGCCAAUUUGUAAGUUUUUUUUUAACAGAAAGGACUUAUCUAUGGUUGGCUCAUACUAAAUUUACCGGAAAUUUGGUGUUUUCUUUUAAUUUUUUUUAUAUAGGUACCAAGAUUCUAUGGUACCUACAACCAUAAGAAUAAAUACUUUUCCUUGUGGUAUCCACAAUCGAGAAUACUUAGCAGUAUGAUGGUUAUUAUUAUUCUAAAUUAGAAUAGUUCUAGUUGGACAGCUAACAUAUUAUAUAAUAUUUUGUAUUGUAAAUAUUCCUAGACAUUAAAAAUGUUUAAUAUUACCUA